AAACAAUUCGACAAGCCGUGGCGCGCUUUGACAACUCAUGCAAAAGCUAAAGCAACAUCAACAGGGCAGAGGAGAAGGUGAAUUCGUCAAGCAUCCCGUACAAAAAUGGGAAUACAUAACCUAGCUCGAUUGAUAGCCGAUUUUGCACCGGUGGCUAUGAAAGAUAAUGAAAUCAAAAAUUAUUUCGGUCGUAAGAUAGCUAUUGACGCUUCCAUGUGUAUCUACCAAUUUCUCAUUGCUGUGCGACAGGAUGGAUCUCAGCUAACCAAUGAGGAGGGAGAAACGACAAGUCAUCUGAUGGGCAUGUUCUAUCGAACAAUUCGCAUGGUGGAGAACGGAAUCAAACCAGUUUACGUCUUUGACGGCAAGCCACCAGAGCUCAAAUCUGGCGAGCUGACCAAGCGCAUGGAGCGACGCAGUGAGGCGGAGAAGGAGCUGGAGAAAGCCAAGGAAGUGGGCGACAGCGCUGGCGUGGAGAAGUUUGAGCGGCGGCUGGUCCGCGUCACGCAGCAGCACAACGAUGAGUGCCGGGACUUGCUGAAACUUAUGGGCAUCCCUCACGUCACGGCCCCCAGUGAAGCGGAAGCUCAGUGUGCUGCCCUGGUAAAGGCAGGGAAGGUGUAUGCAGUGGGCACAGAGGACAUGGAUGCACUCACGUUUGGAGGGACCGUUCUUCUGAGACACCUUACUGCAAGUGAGACGAGGAAGUUACCUGUUCAGGAAUUCAGUCUUCCCAGAGUGCUCGGCGGAUUAGAGCUUUCACAAGAUGAGUUUGUGGACCUUUGUAUCCUGAUGGGCUGUGACUAUUGCGGCAGCAUCAAGGGUAUUGGACCCAAGAGGGCCAUUGACCUCAUCCAGAAGCACAAAUCCAUUGACGAGAUCCUAAAAAAUAUAGACACGAAGAAACAUCCCCCACCUGAGGACUGGCUUUACAAGGAGGCCCGGCAGCUCUUCAUGAAGCCUGAUGUUACACCAGCAGAAGAGAUUGAGCUGAAAUGGACUGAGCCCGAUGAGGAAGGCUUGUUGAAGUUCAUGUGCGAGCAAAAAGGAUUCAAUGAGGAUCGCAUCCGGAAUGGCGUCAAGAAGUUGUUGAAGGGCAGACAAGGAUCAACACAGGGCAGGCUGGAUAGUUUCUUCAAGGUAGUCACACCGACGGGACCUUCUAAGAGGAAGAUUGCCGAUACAAAAGGAUCCCAAAAGAAAAAGCCAAAGACCGGCGGCAGCGCUUUCAAGAAACCAAGAUAAAUACUCCUGCACUGUGCCCAUCUUGACAGCAGUUUCUACUUCAGGGCCCAGGAAAGCAGAAUUUUUUAAUGGUAUUGUCAUGGUGGAUAUUGCAGAUGUCUCCAUUGACCUCAGCAGAUGACCUUUAACCUCCAUGCUUUACCAGUUACGUAAUCAGAUCGGCAUUAGUACCGAUUCAAAGGUCAGCAUUUUUGCAGGCAUCAGAGGAGACAAGGAUGUAAUAGACCGAUUUCGGGUUUUUUGUGUUUGGAUAACAUUUCUGGAUGCCGGAAAUGUAUACUGAAACUUAAGUCAAAAAUGUCAGAUCCACCUUACAUCUCUGCAGACAGUUAGAAAUAUGAAUUUCAGCAAAGGUAUUCUUAAGUGUAAAUGGACUAACAGCAGUAAAAUGGAUUUCUUUGGUUUGCCUUUAAUUCAACUUAUUGACUUGAUGACAAAAGAAAAAGGUCAGGAUAUCUUGUAGUUUCAGCAAAUUUAUUGAUCACUAGAAAAAAAUGUUUUCAGGUACAAACACAUUUUAUAUAAAUUGUAUCAACAUGUACAAAAUUAUCCACAUUUGGGUUUUCAAAGGACGGAACUCAUUAAAUAGAAUGCAUACAAUUUUCAUAACUCCUGUUUUUUUUAAAAAGGCGCUUAUUAAAGAGUCACGUCAGAUUUUAUCUGGAGCUCAAACCUUUCAUUUCUACAUAAAACUUUAACUCUUCUGACCCUCUCACUUGUAUGUGUCCACGCUGUCAGAGAUGAUGGGUGCAGUUGCCAAGCUCUGUAGUGUGUUAAACAUUGCACAAGGAGGUGAGAGUUCAAGAAAUUUCUGGCUGCCAUGAAUACACACGCUGCAGCUCUUAAAACCUACGUGAACAGGCAAUGCUGGUACAUGUAUCUGUAGAUUUUUUUUAUUUUAACAUCUGAAAGUUCAGUGUAAAUGAAAUCUGAUAAGUACAGUGCGUUGAACCAAACAUUAAAUAAAGGCAACAGCAAAGGUGAA